CGCUGCGGUAAGUGUGUUUACAUUGCUUUUACGCCUCGCCAUCAUCGCUUGCCUGCCGACUUUACGAUUCCAUUGUGAGAGCUUUUUAAUAUACGAAAUCAAGCUAUUUGCAUCCGUCUCUUCACCUGCAAGAAAAAAAAAAGUCUACAAUUUAUAUCAAGAAAACUGUGAGGGAAAAGAAAAAUAUUGAAGAUAGACUGAGUGUACGUGAGACGAAAAACAAAACGAGGAUAAACAAAGGGAAGUAAAGAAUAGACGAAAGAAAUAGAAGAGAAGAAAAACGAGGAUAAGCAAAGUGAGGCAAAGAAGAGACGAAAGAAAGAAACGGGGAAAAAGAAACAAGGCUAAGCAUAGUGAAAAAAAGAGAAGUAAACACAACCGAGGAUAAGUAAAGUGUAGCAAAGAACAGACGAAAGAGAGAAAAAAAAACGGAGGAAAGCAAAGUGAAGCAAAGAGUAGACUUAAGGACGAUGGCGAAUGAAGAGGUGUUCGUGGAAGUCCGAGAGGCGGCCGAACUGGAGCAGCUGGCCGUGGCUCUUCAACCCGACCUGCCGGACUGCGGCUGCGUUUACAACAUCGUGCUGAUGAAGGCGCGCCUGGGAGUUCACGUCCAGUCGAUCUACGUGUUGAGGAGACAGUCAGCCUUCCCGGUGGUGCUGUUCAGGGAGAAGGUGAGGCGACGAGACCGUGCUGUGCAUGUGCGCCACGCCUGCGGCACCAAGCUGACACAGGACGCCAGUCUCGCAUCGCCUGAAAAACAGAAAACCAACCUGUUUUUCAGGCGAUGCGAGACUGGCGUCCUGUGUCAGCUUGGUGCCGCAGGCGUGGCGCACAUGCACAGCACUUGGAAAUUCGGAAAACUCUUUCCCUUGAGCGUCUUACAGGCGUUAUACCCGGCUGCCCCAUCCUGUGCCGUCUACCCCCACCCGACCUCUGCUGCGCCCACACCUCCCACCUCUCUGGCUGAAGAUGGACCCUCCCCCCCGGUCCAGAUGACGAAGUCCCCGCCUCUUGGGUCGGAGUGUCUCGCCUUGGCAUGCUCGGUCAGCUGAUGACAGAUCCGAACCACCGAGGCCGUGGAUAUGCCGGGCUUGUGUUGACGGAGUGUACGCGUAGCAUGGCCAAGGCGGGACUCUUGCCUCUUUCGUGCAUAGAGCAGGAUAACAACGCAUCCAUGGCUCUUUUCGCGAAGCACGGUUGGAAGAAGACCCAUUUGCAGAACUGGAUUUCGUGUGAAGAGCCGCCUAAGGAUUAACUAAAGAGGAAUGCUUGUCGAUAGUUGGGAUGUUUCAGAAGGGGCUUCGAAUCUGGGGUAUGUCGAGUGUUAAGUACUGCGGUCGGUUGGGGAUGUCAGUGUAAUAUCAGAUGUUGAUCAUUACAGAAAAUGAUAUUUGUGUUUUUAUUAAGUGUCUGUUAUUGAUAUGUUGUCGUCAUCAUAUUCACAGUUACUACGAUUUUAUGAUGAUGAGAAGAUAGAUAGUUUUAUUAUGAUGAUUGUUUUUUUUAUGCUUUUACCUGUAAUUGUUAAUCCGGUUAAACGAAGCAUAAACUGAACUAUGGAGUAAUCAUUGUGAACAUUUCAUACCUUAUAAUAGUGUUAAAAAUCAUCAUCACUAUAA